CUGGGGCCAAGGCUCGCUCUCUAACCUAGUCUCACUACUUUGGCCCAGGCCAAGGCCAACAGUCUGUACCUGGCCUGUGGCUGGCCUGUCUCCCCACUUCGUUGUUCCGGGUUUCUUUUCAGUUUCCCGCGGGAACCGACUCUUGAAGUGAACCAACCGCGGCAGAGAGUUUUGCAGCCUGGCCAACCAGAGCCGCGGUGGCGGCGGCGAGGAGUGAGUGAACUUCUGGCCACCGAGAGCCCGCCGGCUGCGACCGAGAGGGCCACCCUCCUCGCGUCUAAGGUGAAGGCGUCGGUGGGACCAGCCUCACCCAUCAGAAAACCUCUUCGGGUAACGGGGCGCCACCUCAGCGACAAUGUCCAGCCAGAUCAUUCCAGCUCUCCCCAAAACAUCUAGUAUCCUGGACCUGUGGAGGGAAAAGAAUGACCGGCUCGUUAGACAGGCUAAGCAGCUGACUGGGGAUUCUCGUCCGUCUUUGAGGCGACAGCAGUUGGCUCAAGACACACUGGAAGGGUUUAAGGAGCUCCUCAUCACUUUGCAAGGACUCCCUGCUGCUGUUCCUGUUCUCCCCUUGGAGCUGACUGUUACCUGUAAUUAUAUAAUCCUGAGGGCUAGCCUGGCCCAGGAUUUCACUGAAGACCUUACCCAGGAUGUCCAAAGGGGCCUAGAGAGAGUGCUGGAGACCCAGAAUCAGCUGGAGCCCAAGUCGCAGCAGAGACUCCCGGAGCUGUGGCACUCCGUCCUCUCUGCCUCCUCCCUUCUGCCGGAGCUGCUACCUGCCUUACACUGCCUGGCCAGCCUUCAGGCUAUCCUCUGGAUGAGUACUGACCACCUGGGGGAUCUGGCCUUGCUGUUGCAAACCCUAAAUGCCAGCCAGACAGAGACCUCUGAGGAUCUGCUGCUACUGCUAAAGUCCUGGAGCCCUCUGGCUGAGAAGGCAGAUACCCCAUUGAGUAUACAGGAUGCUGAGAGUUUGAGGGAUGUUCUUUUGACAGCAUUUGCCUGCCGCCAAGGCCUCCAGGAGCUAAUCACAGGGAGCCUACCCCGUGCACUAAGCAGCCUGCAUGAAGCAGCCUCAGGCCUGUGUCCACCUUCUGUGUUAGUCCAGGUGUACACAGCUCUGGGGACUUGUCUUCGGAAGAUGGGAAAUCCACAGAGAGCGCUGUUGUACUUGACUGCAGCCCUGAAGGUGGGAGCCACCUGUGCCCUUCCACUUCUGGAGGCUUCCAGAAUAUAUCGGCAACUAGGAAAUACAGCAGCAGAGCUGGAGAGUCUGGAGCUGCUGGCUGAGGCCUUGAGUGCCCCUCAUAGUCCCAUUCAUAGUUCAACACUCAAACUUCUUAUUGAGGUAGAAUUGCUGCUUCCACAACCUGGCCCAGCCUCUCCUCUUCAUUGCGGCACACAGAGCCAGGCUAAGCACCUGCUAGCAAGUCGAUGUCUACAGACAGGGAGGGCAGAGGAUGCUGCGGAACAUUACCUGGACCUGCUAGCUAUGUUGCUGGGUGGCUCAGAGCCAGGGUUCUCCCCACCCACCUCCUCUACAGGGCCUUGUAUACCAGAGUUGUGUCUGGAGGCGGCAGCGGCGCUGAUCCAGGCAGGCCGGGCCCAAGAUGCUUUGACUGUAUGUGAGGAGCUGCUCAGCCGAACCUCAUCUUUGCUUCCCAAGAUGUCCUUGUGGGAAAAUGCCAGAAAAAGAGCCAAAGAACUGCCAUACUGUCCGUUCUGGGUCUCUGCCACCCACCUGCUUCAGGGCCAGGCCUGGUCACAACUAAAGGCUCAAAAAGAGGCACUUAGUGAGUUUAGCCAGUGCCUUGAGCUGCUCUUUCGGGCCCUGCCUGAGGACAAAGAACAAGGGGCAGGCUCCAACUGUGAGCAGAAGUGUAGGCCUGAUGUGGCACUGAAACAUCUUCAAGUAGCUGCUCUGCUUAGUCGUGGGCUGGAAUGGGCAGCCAGUAACCAGGAUACCAAAGCCUUAAGUGACUUUCUCCUUAGUGUGCAGAUAUGCCCAGGCAGCAGAGAUGGUUCCUUUUACCUGCUUCAGACUCUGAAAAGAUUGGAACGGAAGAAUGAGGCUGCUGCUUUCUGGCAGAAGGCCCAAACUCAGCCAGCACAGGAAGAAGCCACCUGGUCUCUUCCACUGUAUUUAGAAACGUGUUUGAGCUGGAUUCAUCCCCCUAACUGUGAAGCUCUCCUUGAGGAGUUUGGAACGUCUCUGCUGGAGUCUUGUGACCUGUAGUUUCCUUGUUCCCAGGAGCUUGAGCUAGGGCCCCUGUGGACCGUCUCCGUGGGGAGGGGUUUUCUCUGCCUUAUCCUCUUUGGAUAAUAUGGCUGGAGCUGAUUGUUCCCAAAUAAUUCUUCCACUGAGGAGGUUGGUGUCGUAUGAACUUGGUCUGCUUCCUGCCAGUCUGGUUCCAGAAUGCUUUCAUGAGCAAACCAUUGACUUUGGUGAUGACACUUUUCUCCGGUCUCCCUUCCUUCCUUCCUUCCUUCCUUCCUUCCUUCCUUCCUUCCUUCCUUCCUUUCUUUUUCUUUCUUUCUGGUGUGUGUGUUGAGUAAAAUCUCAUAUUUAUCUCUUAUCUGCUUACUACACAUGGUUGAAUGGGAAGGCUCAUGGCAGGCUAGUUGGAUGCUGGUUUUUAAGAUGCUAUCUUUCCAACAUCCAUUUCUGUCUGCCUUCCCUGCCUCCCAGAUCGCCUCUUCUCCCCACUUUCCUUUUGGAAGGUUGGAUUGUGGAGACUGAACUCCAAAUCCUCACACAUAAUCCGCAGUCCCUAUCCCUCACCCAGCCUCCCCCCCAUCUAACUUAAG